AUGGCCGGCGUCUCGACGUCUCGCAUCUACGCUACUAUGCUCAUUCAGGAUGAGGUUACGAUGUUGAUCCCCAAGGACAUCGUCACGCGAAAGCUGCGAUUCGCUCUAAGCUGCUUGCAAACAGAACAAGCAAUGAAGCUCUGUUCAAGAUGCUCGACGAUAAAGGGUUCUGCUACUGCCACGAGAUCGAUCCGGAGUCCAACCGCCUCAUCUAUUUGA